CACACACACACACACACACAUUUAUAUUAUUGUCUAGUGUGUGUGUUAGACAGGGUGUAAUGUAAGUGUAAUGUGUUGUAGUCAUGGAACACUAAUAAAGGAUAAGUGCACUAUUGGACUUUUAGGUCUGUUAUUAACUUUAUUGCUGAUUAGAGAAUAAACACAUCAGUCAGACUGAUAAAGCUUCAUGUUUAUGAUCCUUUCUCUUGUUUAUUAGGGCUCCAUCUACAUCUAACUUUACUGUGUAUCUCUCUUAACCUUGUGAUCUUUUAAAAAACCCUGUUAAAGGUGCGACUUAGACUGACACACACACCACAUGAAUGCAUCGUUACAUGACUGUGGACUUUUACACAGCUGUAACAAUAAAAGCUCUGGACAGAAAGAAAGGAACUGAACUAAUGUCCUACAGCGUUACCUAACAGCUCACUGCUUCCUUAAAACAUCUCUGUUUUAUUACCCAACAACUCUGUCAUGUGUGUGUAUUAUGUGUUUCUGCUGUGUGUAAUGUGAUCAGUGAUCACACGCUCUCCUCACAUAACGUCCAUAAUGUUAAUGUUCCAGACUGUGUUCAGAAUCUAUAGUAAAGAAAAACAUAACACAUAAACCCCUCUGUCCUGAAGAUGGGGAGAACUUCAUGUUCCAGCUUUACCUCUGACUGGUCCACAGAACUCACACUGGAGACUCCUUCAGUACAUCACACACACACACACACACACCUCUGUCACAUUGGAGACUCCUUCAGUACAUCACACACACACACACACACACACACACACACACACAAACACACCUCUGUCACACUGGAGACUCCUUCAGUACAUCACACACACACACACACACACACACACACACACCUCUGUCACAUUGGAGACUCCUUCAGUACAUCACACACACACACACACACACCUCUGUCACAUUGGAGACUCCUUCAGUACAUCACACACACACACACACACACAUCUCUGUCACACUGGAGACUCCUUCAGUACAUCAAACACACACACAAACACACCUCUGUCACACUGGAGACUCCUUCAGUACAUCACACACACACACACACACCUCUGUCACACUGGAGACUCCUUCAGUACAUCACACACACACACACACACCUCUGUCACACUGGAGACUCCUUCAGUACAUCACACACACACACACACACGCACACAAACACACCUCUGUCACAUUGGAGACUCCUUCAGUACAUCACACACACACACACACCUCUGUCACAUUGGAGACUCCUUCAGUACAUCACACACACACACACACACACACGCACACAAACACACCUCUGUCACACUGGAGACUCCUUCAGUACAUCACACACACAAACACACCUCUGUCACACUGGAGACUCCUUCAGUACAUCACACACACACACACACACACACACACACACCUUUGUCACACUGGAGACUCCUUCAGUACAUCUCUCACACCACACACACACACACACACACACACACACACACACACACACCUCUGUAAUAAAUGUGACACAAUGUGCAGAGUUGAUGAAAUGUCUCCCAGUGAUCCGGUCACAUUCUCUUCACUUUCAGCAUUGUUCUGAACUGAGUGAUUAUUUCCUCUGUGUGUGAUCACAU